AUGGUCGAUGAGAGCGAAUCUCGGGACGACGUGCGCAUAAAUUACUCGACCGAGGACUACUCGAAGAAACGGCGUGUGAUGACGGCUCGCGAGUGCAGGGAGGUAGAGGAGAAGGAACAAAAGGCCAAAAAGAUAGCGAAGAUUUUGGCGGUGGUCGAAGAUAUCAAGCAGAUGUUGCAGGAGAUGAGGGAUGUCGUUGCGGGAGUCGAUGAGGAGGGAUUAAUCAUGAAUAUCAAAACGACGGAACUUCAGAAGAGGAUAAAGUUGGAGGCUAUGUACUGCAAGACUGAGAGACCCGCCAAUCUACAUGUACCAGACUACGGAGGAUCUUGUGGUUUAUGUGCAGAGGUGUUGCAUCUGAAGGAAGUUUCCCUCAUCUUCGAUGACGGAGACCAUAACGAUCUGGUAUCAUUGGAGAAAGUGAGUGGGGUGAUCGACGGAAUCCGUGGGAAGCGCACGAGGGACGCACGCACGGAGAUGGAGACUGAGAGCCGCUUCACCUUAGGGAAGCGGAGCAGGGGGGAUGACGACUCGGAUGUAGAGGAUGCACAUCCCGAGGGCCUCCUGCAGUGGGUGGACCCUGACCCAUGGAUGAUGUGGCACGUCAGCGUGCACGCGACGCUGCCAUGGGAGUUCGCCUUCUCUAGCAGCCCCAUCUUCAGCAGAGCCGCAGGGGCUCUCGUUUCCUUUAGGCUCGGCUUUGUCUGCCGGGCUUCCACAGCAGUCUCCCAGGUUCAGCGCCGGGUGACGCGUGCAAUUCAGCGGAUGAUCCAGUUGGUUGCCUCGAGCAGCCCCAUCGCUCUCAUGGGACUCGGAUAUCUGCACGAUGUGGUGGUGAUGGCGCCUCAGGCGCCCGCAGGGAGUCCAGUUGUCGCAUACAGACCUGUGGAGGACACCGGUACUCUUGGUGGCCUCACAGCUGGCCUGGGGCACCAGGCACCCCAGCCAGUCACCGACCUACAGCUGCUGGCUGUCGUGAUCUUCCGGGCGGAGGGCCUCUACUGGCUUGGACACCAGGUGGCAGCCUUCCAGAACUACCUCCAGGCACACCCCGCCCCCGGUCCUUAG